UAUGGAAAAAGCCCAUGUUUGCUUUUUUUAAUUAAAAAAAACUCGUUGGGGGGAAUAUUCUGCAUCAAUCAUAAAGUAAACUUAAAGUUAUCUAUCUAAAGUGGAAGGAAGGACGGAUAUAAUUUUUAAAUCUGAUUUAGUGUACUAUAAGUUAUUUAAGUGAUACAUUCAAGGAAACUGGUUAUUUUUCCAAGGAGGUAGCACAAAUGGAACAGAUAAAGUUUAUUUGUCUUAUUCUUUUUCUCGGGGUUUCAUAUGGAAAACAGAACAACAGUUCUGUAUGUCCAACAUUUGACAACCCAGAACAAUGUUGUUCUGGGAGCAGAAUAAUAAACAGAACCUGUACAGAGUGUGUUGGCUUUUUUGGACCAAACAGCGUAACCCCGUGUCCAGUAAAUUUUUAUGGUGUGAAGUGUGAUUCUGAAUGUAACUGUACGGAGGAGGAAGAGUGUAAUCCAUAUGUUGGAUGUCUCAAUGUCAUGUCAGAUACUAGGAAUGAUACCUAGACUGAUUUGGAAGUUCCUGAUACAUCACGAGAG